ACAGCUGACCUGACGCACUGUUGGCGAGGUGCUGCCCUCUGCUGGAACGGAGAGGAGCAGCUCCGUUUGACUGCAGAUGGCUCUAUAAGACAGGAGGAGAUGGCUUCCACAGAGGGUGGGCUCCGUAUUCAGGGGGAUGAAAACCUGCAGUCCAUGCUGGUGGGGACAGUUAUGAGAAAAAUUAAGUCUCGUACUUGGAAAAAACAACGAUAUUUCAAGCUCCAGGAUGACUUCAUGACCAUCUGGUACAAAUCCAAGAAAGCUGGCAAAGCACACUCCACCUUUUCUAUGAGGGAUGUGGAGGUAGUGCGAGAGGGCCAUCAAAGUGAAGUACUUCUCAGCAUCGCAGACGAGUUCCCUGCUAACCGAUGCUUCACGGUGGUAUUCCAUGGUCGCAGAGGAAACUUGGACCUGGUGGCCGAGUCAGCCGAGGAGGCCCAGUCCUGGAUCAAGGGCAUGAGGAAGCUGAUUGAAAACCUGGAAAACAUGGGAGAGAGGGAAAAACUAGACCAAUGGAUAGGUGACUGGUUCCAAAAGGCUGACAAGAACAACGAUGGCAGGAUGAACUUCAAGGAAGUGCGAGAUCUCCUGAGGAUGAUGAAUGUGGAUAUGAAUGAACACCAUGCUCACCGUCUCUUCACAAUGGCAGAUAAAUCACAGACUGGUGCCCUCGAAGGGGAUGAGUUUGUCUUGUUCUACAAGAUGUUAACCCAGAGAGAAGAUAUUUUGAAAAUUUUCCAGGAGUACUCAUCUGAUGGUCAGAAGUUAUCCCAGAGUGACAUAGAGGACUUCCUGAGAAAGGAGCAGCUGGAGGAUGUAGAUAUCCAACACCAUGCUCAAGAGCUAAUUAGAUACUAUGAGCCCUCAGAUACAGCAAAACAACUGAAGGCUAUGACAUUUGAUGGCUUCUUGAUGUACCUUGGUUCUGCUGAAGGCUCUAUCUUCAGUCCAAAGUGCAGGGGCAUUUUUCAAGACAUGAGUCAGCCUCUGUGCCAUUACUUCAUCUCCUCCUCCCACAACACAUAUCUGAUGGAGGACCAGCUCAGAGGACAAAGCAGUGUGGAAGGAUACAUCAGGGCUCUUAAUCGCGGCUGCAGGUGUGUGGAAGUAGACUGUUGGGAUGGUGCCAAUGGAGAGCCCAUUGUCUAUCAUGGACAUACAUUCACCUCUAAGAUCCUCUUCAAGGAUGUGGUCAAUGCAGUGGGAAAAUAUGCUUUCAAGAUAUCAGAAUAUCCGGUUAUCCUGUCAAUCGAGAACCACUGCAGUGUUGACCAGCAGAGAGUCAUGGCCCAACACCUCAAGCACAUUCUUGGUGACAAGUUGCUUACAGGAAUGUUGGAUGGCAGGGCCCCAGUAGGGCUUCCAUCUCCUGAGGAACUUAAAGGGAAGAUUCUUCUGAAAGCAAAGAAAAAUGGUGGUUUAGAGGAAACACUCAAUGGGACUGUUGAAGACUCACUGACAGGAGAGGUCAGUGAUGAAGAUGAAGCAGCAGAAAUAGAUGAAGAUAUUCUACAUCGUGAGAGUAUCCGGCGCAGAGUUAAGAAGUCAAAGCAGCGUUUGUCUAAAGAGCUGUCAGACUGUGUGGUCUACUGCAAGAGUGUUCACUUCAGGAGCUUCAAACAUGCCCGCAUCCACUCCAAGUUCUACGAAGUGGCCUCUUUCACAGAGUCCAAAGCUCGCAAGCACCUACGAGAGGCUGGAGCAGAGUUUGUGCACCAUAAUGCCCGUCAACUGACCAGGGUAUAUCCCACUGGCUUCCGAACUGACUCUUCCAAUUUCAAUCCCCAGGAAAUGUGGAAUGCUGGGUGCCAAAUAGUUGCACUGAAUUUCCAGACAGCUGGAGAGGGGAUGGAUUUAAAUGAUGGCCUGUUCACCUCACCAUUCAGGUACAACCCACCUAAAAGAAACAGUAAUUUUUGUUCUCAGGAUUGGCUUCAUAGGCUGCACUGAAUCCUGCAUUGACUGCAUGUGUUUUACUGCCCUCUCAUAAAGGUGAUAAGUGGCCAGCAGUUGCCUAAAGUCAACAUCAAAGAGGAUUCUAUAGUGGAUCCUCUAGUCAGAGUGGAGAUCCAUGGAGUUUUAAUGGACCAGGCCAAACAGGAAACCAGACACAUUGAAAACAAUGGAUUCAAUCCCCUGUGGAAUGAUACUCUGCGCUUCACCAUCCACUCACCUGAACUGGCUCUGGUCCGCUUUGUGGUGGAAGACUACGACAAGACAUCCAAAAACGACUUUGUGGGGCAAUUUACACUCCCACUCAGCUGCAUGCAAAAAGGUUAUCGUCACAUUCACCUUUUGUCCAGAGACGGAACCAGGAUUUCUCCCUCAUCCUUGUUUGUUCAUGUCAGGAUCACUGAUCUGGAAUGACCUGAAAGGAUUUUCUGCAAAGAACAGCUUUCCACAUUGUAUUUAAAAAUGGAAGUCCAUUUAUAUUUGUCUCAUAAAGCAUUAGAUUAAAUGUUAGUAUUGCAAUAUUCUUAUUUGAAGUGAAUCGAAAUUUUAUGCCAAAUGUGAAGAGAUUCUAAAGAGCUGAUGCAAGGAUGGCUGCUCUCCAUCUUAUAGUGUGUGUGUCUGUGUGUGGGUGUGCAUGUGUGUGUGUUGGAUUGUUAGUGACUGCAUGCAUGUGGAUUUCUGCUGUUCUUGUUUAUUGUGCUGUAGUGGAGAAUGUGCCACCAGAUAUCUGAGUCAGGAAAUUCACUCCCUUGCUUUAUGUAUCCGUCUGCAUUCCUUCUGUCUUCAGUUCUGCUCCUACUGUCAUGUCGCCCAUGAAAGAAAAUCAUGAUGGAGUUCUUACACACACUUUCAGUGGACAGUGUUUUUCCACCUUCUCUUUGAAGCACAUUGGUCUGAGUUGAAGCUGAAGUGAGGAAUUUCUCACAGUUCAGUGUGUGUAUAUAAUAAAGAAUUGUGUGAAUUUAUUUUUGUAUUUAUACCAUGAUAUUUAUAGCAAACUGUAAACCUUUUUUGUUUGUUUUGUAUUGGACAUAUUUUC